AUGGAGAGGGAACGAGAUCCCAACUCUUCCCAAAAGGACCAGAGUUUCCUCUUAAGCCGGAGUCCUCAUGCAAAAGUGGGAGAACCGGGGAUCGGGUCAGUUCAGCGGGAUGAAGCGGCUCCUCUCCUCCGGUACUCGGGUCUUCCUCCGCCGAGCAGAGCGCCAAAACGCGGGAGUCUGAGGGAGAACCAGACUCAGGAUAAGAAGAAGAAGGAUAAGUCUGCACUGCAGCAGGAUGUGUGAACGUCCUCAGACUGAUUUUUACAUCCUUGCUCCCUUUCUGUUCCCCUCAGUGUUUGGAAAGUGAAGAGUGGAGGACGGAGCGGCGCGCCUCCCUGUCUCCAGCUCUGAAGUACAAUGUGCGCUUUCCUCACCGAGCAGCAGCAGCAGCAGCAGCUCUGUGUCAUCAGCCCUCCUUCUCCUGCCUCACUGUAACAUCACAUCUGACAGUCACUUCAGCUGUAUGUCAUACUGUGAUGUGUUGCCUUUUAAAGCAGACAAUACCCGUGAAUUCUUCAGACAAACAUGAUGAGAUUUGGACGAGAAUUUAA